AUGGCUACCCGUCACGGAGACUUCCCCGCAGUUCGGGCUUGCAUCUUCGACAUGGACGGACUCCUCAUCAACUCAGAAGAUAUCAUCACAGAUUCCAUCAACCAGGCCCUAGAAAAGUAUGGGAGGCCUGCCAUCACCGGCUCCAUCCGCGCUCAGAUCAUGGGUGUGCCGGACUCAACAAACAAUGAUAUCUUCCAUAACUGGGCUCGGCUACCAAUCACGCGCGAGAAAUUCGCUCAUGAAUAUAAAGAAGAGAUAUAUCGAAAUUUUCCCAACUGCAAGCCAAUGCCCGGUUCGGAGAAGCUCCUCUCGGCCCUCAGCCGUGCACGCAACGUUGAUGGAGAGCCGAUUCUCCUGGGACUUGCAUCCAGCACCAAAACAGAGAGCUACGAGUUAAAAGUUACCCAACCCGAGACCAAACGGCUUCUUGACCUCAUUCACCCUGAUCGCAGAAUCUUGGGUGGGGAUUCUCGGCUGGGCCAGGGACGAGGGAAGCCAGCCCCUGAUACAUACCUUCUCGCACUACAAGUAUUAAACUCGGGUAGCCAGAAACCUAUAAUGCCCAACGAGUGUUUGGUGUUCGAGGACAGCGUAACCGGAGUCGAGGCCGGCCGGAGAGCUGGAAUGCGAGUGAUUUGGGUGCCGCACCCGGACGUAGCAAUGGAAUAUGAGUCGAGGAAGGAAGAUGUCUUGGCUGGGAGGUGUAGGACAUCCAACCUUGGGGAAGAGUGGCAGCUGGGGGAGGUAAAUGACGGGUGGGCAGAAUGUAUCUCGAGCCUAGAGGCUUUUGACUAUGAGAGGUACAACAUUCAUAUCGUAUAG